AUUUCCUCUUUAUUAUUUUUUUUUUAUGAGAGAGGAGUGUUUUCCUCUGUGUUAAUUCUUUCCAUCAUCAUCGUCGUCGUCAUCAUCAUCCAGUGAAUCACAGUCGAUAGAGGGGAGGGGAAGGAUAAUGCUUUGUGCUUUGGCUCCAUUUGGGCGGCAACAAUGGUGAAACUUCGCAGUCUGGUUCUCGGUCUACUUCUGCUGACGGUCGCUGCUCCUCUCCUCUUCUACACGGACAACGCCUCCACCUUCAAGACUCCUUCUUCUAGGCGUGAUUUUCUCGAGGAUGUCACCGCUCUUACAUUCAAUUCCGACGCCGUUCGUUUGAAUCUGCUUCCUCAGGAAACACCGACAACCAUUAGAGGGCCCGUAGGUGUAGUUUAUUCUAAAAAAUCUGAGGAUUCCUUAAAUGGGUUUGCUAGUUCUUCCCUGUCACAAGAUUUACCCUUGUCUGAAACGAGAGAACACGUAUCUGCUCGAGUUCUUUCCACCACCGGCGUUGAUGAUCAGUCUCAAACUGAAAAUCCCAUCAGACAGGUGACUGAUGCAGCCGCUGGAAUUGAUAAGAAUGACGGUCAAGACCACCGCCGCAGUUCAAAUGGCAGUUCAAAUGGCGAUUUUCAUAAUAUGCAAACACAACAGAGGCUGUUGUCCAGGAAAACAUCUGGCAAGGUCGAGGAUAAUGACCCAAAAAAUGUUGGACCUGAAAAACCGAGAGGAAAUUUCGUGGCGCCUGAUGCUAGUGUAAGACAUCUUAAAGAUCAGCUGAUUAGGGCAAAGGUCUAUCUGUCUCUUCCAGCCGCAAAAGCUAAUCCUCAUUUUGUGAGAGAACUCCGGCUCCGUAUUAAAGAAGUUCAACGUACAGUUGGGGAUGCAUCCAAGGAUUCAGAUCUGCCAAAGAAUGCUAACGAGAAACUGAGAGCAAUGGAACAAACAUUGGCCAAAGGCAAGCAGAUUCAGGAUGACUGUGCUGCUGUGGUAAAGAAACUACGUGCAAUGCUUCACUCAACGGAGGAACAGUUACGGGUGCACAAGAAACAAACCAUGUUCUUGACGCAGUUGACUGCUAAAACGAUUCCUAAGGGCCUUCAUUGCCUUCCUCUACGCCUCACUGCUGAGUACUAUGCUUUGAAUUCCUCUCAGCAACAAUUCCCUGAUCAAGAAAAAUUAGAAGAUCCUCGGUUGUAUCACUAUGCACUUUUCUCUGAUAACAUCUUGGCAGCUGCUGUUGUUGUGAACUCUACUAUAACUAAUGCAAAGCAUCCCUCGAAGCAUGUCUUCCAUAUUGUCACUGACAGGCUCAAUUAUGCGGCAAUGAGGAUGUGGUUCCUAGCCAAUUCGCCAGGCAACGCGACCAUUCAGGUCCAGAAUGUCGAGGAAUUUACGUGGCUGAAUUCAAGCUACAGUCCUGUUCUCAGGCAGCUCGGUUCCCAAUCCAUGAUAGAUUAUUACUUCAGGUCACACCAUGGGAAUUCGGAUUCAAACUUGAAGUUCCGAAAUCCAAAAUACUUAUCCAUUCUGAAUCAUCUCCGCUUCUACCUUCCCGAGAUUUUUCCAAAGCUCAAUAAAGUACUCUUCUUAGACGAUGAUAUAGUUGUGCAGAAGGACCUCUCUGGUCUCUUUUCGCUUGAUCUGAAGGGUAACGUCAAUGGUGCUGUGGAGACUUGUGGACAAAGCUUUCAUCGCUUUGACCGUUAUCUUAACUUCUCGAACCCACUAAUCGCCGAGAAUUUUGACCCCCAUGCUUGUGGUUGGGCAUAUGGGAUGAAUAUCUUUGAUCUGGACGAGUGGAAGAGACAGAAUAUCACAGAGGUGUAUCACCGAUGGCAGAACCUGAAUCAAGACCGGAGUCUGUGGAAGCUAGGGACGUUGCCGCCUGGUCUCAUAACGUUUUGGAAACGCACACAUCCACUGGACCGGAAUUGGCACGUGCUGGGCCUUGGCUACAACCCCAGUGUCAACCCGAGGGAUAUCGGUCGGGCUGCUGUUAUACAUUACAACGGCAACCUUAAACCGUGGCUCGAGAUCGGCAUUACGAGGUACCGAGGCUACUGGUCGAAGUACGUGGAUUAUGAACACGAAUAUAUGAGGGAAUGCAACAUCAAUCCAUAGAGUUAAAAUCCCUUUUUCAGACAUAUAUUACCUGUCUUUGCUGAUAGAUCAAACGUUUUUUUGUUGUUGGUUGGUUGCGUUUGUGGAAGUGAAGAGUAAUUCUUUUGCUGUAUACAAUCUUGUUUUGGCGUUUGUAUAUCGUUGCGUUUGGACACCUGUGGGUGUUUUACCGUUGCUCGAGGGAUGGUUGUCUUUUUGCCCAAAUCCUUCUUUGUUGUUC